UCUAUAUGUCAAAUAAAACAUAACCUAAAAAUACAACACAAAAUAAAGGUGUAAAUAUUCACUGAAAAUUAACAACUUAUUCAAUCAAAAAUGAUCAUCUCGAAAGAAGCACUUGUCGAUCUUCAAGAGAAAUAUGAAAAAGUGAAAAAAUUGAUUGAAGAGGACAGCAAAUUAGACCCCGAAUCAGAACCUUAUCUCUCAAAAUACGCCGCUCGAAACAUUUUGAUUUCAAUGAAUGCUAAUUUGGAGAAUAUGCUUCGUCAAAACUCUCAAGAUUCUUCGGAUCACAUAAAACUUCUUGGGAUGAUUGCAACGGUUCAAUUACUAUUAGGAAUAGUUUCAAUCGACACAGAAGAAUUAUCAGUAGGUGAGAAGCAUUUAACAAAAUGCCAAGAAUUAAUAGAAGGAAAUCAAACUAAACCAGAAUUAGCAUUCGUAACGUUACACAUGUACAAUCAAUUGGGGAUUUUGUGGUCAAAACGUGAAUCGGAAGUUGCUCAAAAAUAUCUCGAAAAAUCCGAAAGCUUUUAUUUUACAAUUAAAGAUUUAAAUGUAAUCCCAAUUGACCCCAACGAUCUUUUCGAUAACAACCUAGAAAGUUACAAUGAACAAAGCGAAAAUAUUCGAUUUGAAAAAGGAUACACGUUGACUUUGUUUUAUCUCGCACAAAUUCACGGUAGUUUAGGGAACGCUUUAAGAAGUUCCGUUUAUUGCCAUAAUACGUUAAAAAGACAAUUAGAAUACGACGAUUAUGAAUCGAUCGAUUGGGCUUUAAAUAGCGCGACUUUAUCACAAUUUUUUAUGCAAAAGCAUGGUUUUAAACAAGCUAGACAUCACUUAGCCGCGAGUAAUUACAUCUUAGAUAAACAUUUCGAGAAAUUAAAUGAAGAGGAAAAUCAAGAAUCAGAAGAACAUCAAGCUAAAUUAGAAACUUACAAGCAUCGAAGUGCUGAUGUAGCAAGAUGUUGGUUAAAAUAUGGUUUGAUGCUUUUAACAAGUUCUAAGGAGAGAUUAUUAAAGCAUAUUGAAAAUAUUGAUGCUGAAGUAAACGAUUGUGAUUCAAGUACGGAUUUAUCUACGAUGAUUUUAGAUGAAUCUGAUAAAAUUAAAUCGGAGGAUAUUCAAAAUUUAUUUUUUCCUUCGUUAGAUUUAAAAAGUUAUGAAGAAAAAAUAACCGAUCAAUUUUUGUUGACGUUUGAUGACGCAAAACAAGUUUUUUUAAUAGUCCAAACUUGGAUUAAUCAGGCGCGCUCUUAUUACACGAUAGAUACAUUAGCUUCUGAUUAUAUUGAAAUCGUUCAAGAUGAAAGUCAAUCUUAUGAUUCAUUAGUUUUUUACGAAGAAAAUCCAGAUAACCAAGCAAAACUUUAUAAACGAGCCGCAGAUGCUUUAGAAAACGUCGUUAAACAAAUAAAUCCAACUUAUUAUCUUCACCACUGUCGACAAAUUUGGUUUAGAUUGGGUCAAAUUUAUUCCGACAUGAUCGAUAUUAAAUCGGAUAAAUUAAAAGAAACGACCGGAAGACCAAGUCCCGUGGCGCUAACAAAAAUUAAUACUUUAACUCAAAAAAGCAUCACUCAUUUCCAAGCUUUCAUCGAUUCUUUUAUGAACCCAAAAAAGGAAAUGCCUAAAGUGAUUGAGGAAGAUUUUCAAAAACCUUUCUUACAAGCUUACUUUCAUAUUGGAGCUUUAAACGGACGGUUUAUCACGUUGGAUAAAAAGAGGCAAUUGGAGAAUAGCACGGCCGCUUUAGAAGCUUAUAAGAAAGUCGCCGAUUAUUGUAAAGAAAAUCCGAAAGCUGAGGAAUUAAUUCCCGCUGAAAUGGGGAUUAUUAAAGAAAUGCUUCAGUUAUUACCGAUUAAAUUGAUGAAAUUGAGGCAUGAAGUUCAGCAAAGUUCUUAAUAAAUUAGCGUUUAAAUUUUUUUCGUCGCAAUGAUGCUUAUAGCAGUGUUUAUAAUUACUAUUAAUAACAUUUGUGAUAAUUAAUAGAUAUUUAUUGCUUGGUUUUUGUAUUUAAUAAAGAUGUUAGCCAAGAAAA